ACCAGAAGUAAAGGUUGUCUUAUUUUUGGUCAAAUUUGAAAUGAAACAUUAGUCAUUUCAUUUAUUUUUGUGAGAAAUAUUUUGUUGGUUAAAAUAUGAACACUUUUGAAUAGGUAGAACAUCCACAUCAGCCCCACCGCGCGGCACACCUCAUUACCUCCUAAAUCUCUGUUUCUUCACAUUCAAAACCCUCCUCCUACAUUAGCUCGAAGUCUUCAGCUAAAUUCGACGCUCUCUCUCUAUUUCUAUAAUGGCUGAUGAUAAUAUGGCUCCUCCUCACAGAAGGGAACCUGUCAAGUCUUCAGUUGUGAAUCUUGCGGGACAGCGAAGGCGGCAGCAAGCAAUUACAAUAGGAAAGGAAAGAAGAGAAUCUCUUGUGCGUGCGAAGCGCUUAUGCAGAGUGGGGACUAGUGGUGAUCCUGAUGUUCCCUCCGACAGUGAAAUGAUGAUUGAUGAAGAUCAAUCGAUCUUGGAGGCUCAAACUUCUUCAGCAGUGGAAGAGUUGAAGUCUGCAGUUGCAUAUCAGGGGAAAGGUGCAUUGCAAAAGAAGGUGAGUGCCCUUCGUGAGCUCAGACGCUUACUGUCAAGAUCAGAAUUCCCUCCUGUUGAAGCUGCUCUUAAAGCUGGAGCAAUACCUUUACUAGUGCAAUGUCUUUCAUUUGGCUCUCCAGAUGAACAGUUGCUUGAGGCAGCUUGGUGCCUUACAAACAUAGCGGCAGGGAAACCUGAGGAAACGAAAGCUUUGUUGCCUGCUUUGCCGUUGAUUGUUGCUCAUCUUGGAGAAAAGAGUUCAUUGCCGGUUGCUGAGCAGUGUGCAUGGGCGUUGGGAAACGUUGCUGGUGAAGGAGAAGAGCUGAGAAAUAUUUUGCUAUCUCAAGGUGCCUUACCACCUCUUGCCCGAAUGAUGCUUCCAGACAAGGGUUCAACCGUGAGAACAGCUGCUUGGGCACUCUCAAACCUAAUCAAGGGACCCAAUCCAAAGGCUGCAACGGAGCUCAUUAGAGUUGAUGGGGUAUUGGAUGCAAUUAUUCGGCAUUUGAGAAAAGCAGAUGAUGAGUUAGCAACUGAAGUAGCGUGGGUGGUUGUGUAUCUAUCAGCCCUUUCAAAUCUUGCUACCAGUAUGCUAGUAAAGAGUGAUGUCCUUCAACUGCUUGUGGAAAGAUUGGCAACAUCCAAUAGUUUGCAGUUGCUUAUUCCGGUGCUAAGAAGUUUGGGCAAUCUUAUAGCUGGUGAUUCACAGACAACCCAUGCUGUUAUUGUUCCUGGGCAUGAAGUCACAGGAAACAUCAUAGAAGUCCUGGUGAAAUGUUUGAACAGUGAGCACCGGGUCCUGAAGAAGGAAGCAGCUUGGGUGCUAUCUAAUAUUGCGGCUGGUUCUAUAGAACACAAGCGGUUGAUAUAUUCAAGUGAGGCGGUGCCAUUGCUAUUACGCCUUCUUUCCACAGCACCAUUUGAUAUAAGAAAGGAAGUAGCAUAUGUGCUAGGAAACCUCUGUGUUUCUCCUAUUUCACCUACAGAAGGUGAUGGAAAACCAAACCUGAUUCUGGAGCACCUGGUUUCACUUGUUGGUAGAGGAUGCCUUCCUGGUUUCAUUGAUUUGGUUAACUCUGCUGAUACUGAAGCUGCCAGACUAGGACUGCAAUUCACCGAACUGGUUUUGAGAGGGAUGCCACAUGGUGAGGGCCCAAAGCUUGUUGAGAAAGAGAAUGGGAUUGAAGCAAUGGAAAGGUUUCAGUUCCACGAAAACGAAGACUUGAGAAAUAUGGCAAAUAGUCUGGUGGAUAAGUACUUUGGGGAGGACUAUGGGCUUGAUGAAUAGGCAGAAGUGAUGAUGUAAUGUUGUAAGUGAUGUAAAAUUUUGAUGAUGAAGUGGUUUCUCGUUAAAUGCGAGAAAAAGGAAUACAAAGCUUCUUGUUUUUUCUUGUUUCAAAUUUCUGUUGUCUUUUAACUUUUGAUAAGAGGGAUUUCAAUUUUCUCCACAACUUUUCUCCACAGUUAUCCUUUGAUAAUUUCAACAUUUUCUGCUCUCAAGUUUCUAAACAAGGAUUCAAUGUGUAUAAGUUGGAAUUAUAAAUGUAUCAUUAUCAUUUUCUAU